CGAGAACAAGAUGUAAGAUUAUGUGUGUAUAUCUCACGCACAGCACCACAGUAAACGUGGAGCCGAAAGUACAACGUUCCGGUGGUAUUAUUUGUGUUGAAAAUAACACCGACCGCAAUUGCCGUCAUUCUCCGAAUGUGCAUCAACCGUCAACCGAAUGAAACCUGCAUUUAAAUUGAAAAGAAAAAAAAAGAAAAUCUCAAAAAACAAACAAGUAAAAGUAGAAAAAAGAGGUGUUGAUGCUCACAGCGGAUCGAUAAGUGUCACACAAAAGAGCGCUCGCGGAACCGGCUAGUUUCAUUCAUUGAAUCGGCGAACGCCAAGUGGAAGACACACGAGCGCUUAUAAUUAUACUUACCUGCUUCCCACGAACAAUAAUUAUGAGUGUCGUUCCGCGAGUUUUGGUUGCCCAUAGCGACAUUCCCACGCCUGCCAUCGAUUUACUCAAGCAAAGGUUUGACGUCGAGGUUAUCGAUUCAAAAUCGGCCGACGAUGUUUUAAAAGUCGUUUCCGAGUUCGAUGCCGUUAUGGGCAAAAUUCACAUAGAUGCGAAAUUCCUCGACAAUGCGGGAAACAGGCUGAGGGUAGUGUCGACACCAUCUGCCGGGUACGACCACAUGGACGUGGUUGAAAUAAAAAAGCGCGGCAUCAAAGUCGGCAAUGCUCCCCAAGUCUUGUCAGCCGCAGUCGCAGAAAUAGCUGUUUUUUUGCUCUUGGGAGCCGUGAGACGAGCUCACGAGGGCCGCCUCCUCCUUGAUCGAGGUGAAGUCGUGAAAGGAUUUCAGUUCAUGUUGGGACACGAUUUGCGCAACAAAACUGUGGGUAUCGUGGGAUUCGGCAGCAUCGGCGAGGCGAUCGCCAAGAGACUGGUGCCCUUUGAAGUCAAGAAAUUCCUGUACUGCGGUCAUUCAAAAAAGAAAGCUGGCGAUCAGAUCGGCGCUGAUUUUGUAUCGCUAGAUAAACUCUUGCAAGAGAGCGAUAUCGUUAUAAAUUGCGUGCCUCUGAACGAAGAAACCGAAAACAUGUUCGACGACGAGGUUUUCAAAAAGAUGAAGAGCACCGCGGUAUUCGUCAACGUUGGCAGAGGCAGGACCGUCGAUACCGAUGCUCUGGUUCGAGCUUUGAAAAACAAGACGAUUUACGCGGCGGGUCUCGAUGUCACGGAACCCGAGCCCCUGCCUGUAGAUCACGAACUGUUGAAGCUAGAAAAUGUCGUGUUACUGCCACACAUGGGGAGUCAGACGAUCGAGACGCGCACCGACAUGGCGAUCGCAGCAGCUGAAAAUAUAAUCAAUGCCCUGGAGGGCAAGCCUAUGCGCUUCGAACUGUAAAAGUCAACAAAAAUAUUGUACUUUUUCAACAGUAUUCCCAAGCUCAUUGUCACAUUAUCUCAAGCGAUGAAUAAAGUUGUACUGGAAAGUCGCAAGUUCACGUUGUUGAACAAUGAUCUAUAUGUAGGUAUAUUGUUAUGAUCCGUAUGUAGGAUUGUUAAAGCAAUUGUACCAUAAGAAUUAUAAUAAUAAUAAAUUGUACCUACU